UUAACCCACUGAAUGAGGCCAGGGAUUGAACCCACAUCCUCAUGCAUGCUAGUUGGAUUCGCUUCCGCUGCGCUGGAACGGAAACUCCCAGCUUCAUUUUGCAAUAGUUCACCUUGCGUUAGCUCAUUUAUUUUCAUGCAAGGUGGAGCUGGGUAGAUGGAAGGCUUGUGACAAGCCUUCUUGCCAGGCUAAAUAAUUUCCUUGCCAGGUUGGGGAGAAGGUGCACCACCCAGCAGAGUACACAUGGGCUCUACCAACUGCCCACUUCCUGCCUGCUCUCAGCCUGGAGGAGACUCAGGAUCAGACGUGGACCUGGUCUGGGCAGGGGAACAAUAAGAAUCAGGAGGAAAACGAGGGCCAGUCCUGUAGCAUCAGGGCACGAGAUGCCUUGGCCUUAGCAAGUCUGGACAAAAUCUAAAAAGCUGCUGGGUUGCUAGAAUUGUCAUCCCUGUGCUACCUACUUCCAAAGGGAUCCGAGGCCACCAAGUAGCAGGAGCACCCCAAAAGGAGCAAAGGAGAGAGGUCUGUCGCUGGAGCAGAUUUUUGAGGCUGGACCUCAGUUUGGCUGUAGGUUUCCUGACAGCGAAGGCAAAAGGGGAACCUCUGGGGCAUGUGGUUUGUCCUGUCUGACAACCAGAGAUUGCACGCCGGCCUAGAAAGACAAGCUCUAGGUUGGAAAUACUCAUCAAGGGGAAUUUAUAGUCCGAAGACUGUCUCCUGUGCUUCCUGUGCUGGUCCAGAUCCUCUAAGAAGCAGACAUGCAAGAUUAGACGUGGAGCUGGAUCUGCAGCGGAGCGUACAGGCUGUGCUCAGGGAGCUCAGUGCCCAGGCCCCCGCCCUGCAGAGCAACCAAGGCAUGUGCAGGUGGUCCCUGCACAAGAAGGUGGAGCGAGAUCCCGGUAAGAGUCCGGCGCUGGUCCGCAUUCUGCUCAGAGAACUGGAGAAGGCAGAAAGGGAGGACACCCGGCAUGUCAUCCUUCCCCUGCUGCACACGCUCAUGUACGUGCUCACUAAGGCCACAGGCAUCCCGGAGGAGCUCCACCGGAGCACCUACGCCUUCUGCACGCGGCUGCUGACCCUCCCCGCCCCCUACUGCACGGUCGCCCUGGACUGCGCCAUCCGGCUGAAAACAGAGACGGCCGUCCCCGGGACGCUGUACCAGAGGCUGGUCAUUGCGGAGCAGAACCUGAGGAGCGAGCUGUACCCCUACCAGGAGAGAGUCUUCCUCUUCGUGGAUCCUGAGCUGGUGUCUCCUUCCGUGUGCAGUGCCCUGCUGCUGGAGCUGCAGGCGGCCCAAGAGCAGCAGACGCCCGAGGCCUGCAUGCGCCACGUGGUCUCCCACGCGCUGCAGGCGGCGCUGGGGGAGGCCUGCCAGGCAGGCGCACUGCAAAAGAGGCUGCAGGCCAGCCCCCGCCGCACCCUGGAGCGCUAUUUCCACGCCGUGGUGACAGCUGUGGAGCAGAUGGCUAGCGAGCCGAGCCCAAGCCGGGAGGGCCACCUGGAGAGGCUGGAGGAGAUUUACUGCUCGCUGCUGGGGCCGGCGGCGGCCGCCAGGGGGCGCGGCGACGGUGGCUCCGUCCAGGACCGGCCGCCCAGCAUCCCUCUGCCCAGCCCCUCCAUCACCUUCCACCUGUGGACCCAUGAGGAGCAGCUCUGGAAGGAACUGGUGCUCUUCCUGCGCCCGCAUUCCCACCUACGCCUCAGUGCAGACCUGGAGGCUUUGGAUCUGCAGGGCCUCGGGCCAGACUGGGAAAUGGCCCGGGCCUCGGUGCUGUCCACCGACAGCGGCAUUGAGCGGGACCUUCCUUCGGGGGCUGACGAGCUGCCUGGCAGCCCCGAGAUGGAGCGAGCCGGGCUGCAGCGCAAAGGGGGCAUCAAGAAGCGGCUGUGGCCCCCGAACAUCCUGAUGCCCAGCGGCUGGGAUGGGCCGUCAGGGCUGCACCGCAGGACGGGCCAGCCCAGCGGAGAUGGGGAGCUGCUGCCUGGGGUCUCCCGACUGCACACGGCCCGGGUGCUGGUGCUGGGGGACGACAGGAUGCUGGGGCGCCUGGCCCGGGCCUAUCACAGCCUCAGGAAACGAGAGACCCAGAAGUUCUGCCUCACCCCCAGGCUCAGCCUGCAGCUCUACUACAUCCCGGUGCUGGCGCCCGAGAAACCCGCAGCAUCCAGGCAUUCGGAGCUGGGAGAGCUGGCGGCGUUCCUGGGCCGUGCAGACCCGUGGUUCGAGAGCAUCGUCAACACCCUGUGCCCUGCCAUCCACAAGCUGGCCGAGAUGCCUCUGUCCCUGGACACAUCCCAGACCGUAGACCCCUUCAUCCUGGAUGUCAUCACCUACUAUGUGCGCAUGGGCGCCCAACCCAUCUAUUUCCAGAUCUACAUGGUCAAGAUCUUCUUCAGUGACCUGAGCCAAGACCCCGUGGAGGACAUUUUCCUCACCGAGCUCAAGGUCAAGAUGCAAGACUCCAAGUUCCCCAAAGAGGGUUGUUCACCCCGGAGGAGAGGCGUGGCCGAGGGCCCAGGGGCGGAGCUCUUCAUUUGCUACCAGAAGGCCCUGCUCAGUCACCGGGCCCGGGAGGUCACCGUGUCCCUGCGGGCCACUGGCCUGGUCUUGAAGGCCCUUCCAGACAGUGGCACCGAAGUUUCAGGGCCCACCCACUGGUCCCCAGCUGCUGCUCCCCUGACAGACAUGUGCCUGAAUGUCAGCGUGACAGAGGUCAUCAAGAGCUCCAACUUGGCAGGAAGGUCCUUCUCUACAGUGACAAACACCUUCCGGACGGCCAACAUCCAGAUCCAGAGUCAGGACCAGAAACUGCUGACACUGACGCUGGACAAGGACGGUCAGCGAACGUUCAAGGACGUGGUCAGAUUCGAGGUUGCUCCCUGCCCAGAGCCGUGUUCCAGGGCCCAGAAACCCAAGGCCUCGUGGCUGAGUUCACAUGGGCAGGAGAUGGAAAGGACCAAAGCCAAGGCCAAACCCCUUCUAAUGCCCAUCAACACGUUCUCUGGCAUCGUCCAAUGAGCCUGAAGGGGGCACAGAACCGCUGAGUCCAAGAGAGGCAGGCCCGCGAGUAAGAGCACACUACCCCGCCGGCCCCCAGACAGUCACACCAACCGCCGGACCAAUGCCCAGUCCCCCUGGGCGGCUUCCAGCCGGUCCUAGAAGCCAGCAGGUGCCUAGAGCGAGGGCAGCGGGCCGCGGGGGUGUGAUGGAGCAAGGCCCGAACAAAGCCCGGGCAGGCCCUGGCCAAGCUGCACCAAAGCCCAGCUCCUCGCACCCAGCUUCAUCCUUUGUGGAUUUCUCAUUUCCUGCCUCUCCCGCUGUCUUCUCCCACUCAGGCUCCCUGCCCGGCCCUUAAAGCCAAGGUGAGAGCUGCUGUCCUGGCCAGGGCCCGGCGGCCUGGGGGACACAGGAAGCAGGCAGGGGCCGCCAUCCCUCCUCCCUCAGGCCACUGCCCACCUUACCUGCUCCCAGGCGGCCAUCUCUUCUGGCUGAGACAGAAAUGUCAGAUUCAAUAAAUACACACUAAAGUGUUUCUGCCUUCA